GAUGAAGCGAAGCGAGAAGUCGUGUUAACGUGGAGCUAGCUAGCUAGCUAGAGCCCCCCGUCUGCACGCACGUACCCAGUUGCCAAAAUAUGUAUGCGCGCAAGAGCUGGGUGCAGAUCGAGCGUAAUUGCGUCGGACAGGGUCAAGAGAGGCUGCGAGAAUGAAAUAGAAAUGUUGCAAAGCAGGUGACGGAGCCAGCGAUGGACUGGGACUUGGCCGCUGUGCGUUUAUAAGUUUGCGUCAAGCCGCCCCGCUCUCCCUCUCGCCGCCCUUCCAAUCAAGACCACCAUCAUUGCAAAGUCUCCAUCUCUCCCAUCACCGCCCCCUUCUAAACCAGCGACAAGAUGCCUUUCACCAUGGUGCUCCCCACUGCCUACCCUUACGUCCUCGCGGCGGCCUCUGGCAUUUCUAUUCUCAACAUCUUCCAGUUCCUCAACGUCAGCAAAGCCCGCCGUGCUGCCAAGAUCGAGUACCCGCACGUGUACGCAAGCAAGGAGCAGUGCGCUGCGAGCAAGGACGCCCUAGUCUUCAACUGCGCCCAGCGGGCCCACGCAAACACCCUCGAGCUCACGCCCACCUUUCUCGUCUCGACGCUCCUUGCCGGCCUGAGCGCGCCCCGCGUCGCCACCGUCCUCGCCGCCACCUGGCUCGUCUCGCGCGUCUUCUACACCCUCGGCUACACGACUGGCAACCCCAAGAAGCGAACGCCGGGUGCCCUGCUGGGUUUCGUUGGCCUCGUCGGCCUCAUCGGCACGUCCCUCUACUCCGUCUUCGGUCUCCUGGCCGCCAACGACUUUGCCUUCUAAAGGAAGAAGAAAGAACGUGCACAGGGAGGAGGGCGAUAUUUGCACAGCUUAGUAGUAGUAGAAGGGCAGGAAAG